AUGACGGGGUCCGCGGCUUGGUCCGCGGUGGUCCAGAUGUGGCCCGCGAAAUCGUGCUCGACGAACAGGGCCGCGGUCUUGGCGCACUCGAAGAAGCGAGGCCACACGCACACGGUGAAGCGGGACGAGCUGCCCCUCGAACCCCACUUCGCGGGGUGCAAGGUGAGCCAGGUCGGCGAGGGCGGCUUUGGCCUUGCCGAACUCCGUCUGCAGGCGCAGGCGCAGCUGCAGAGCUCGGUGGUGGAGGUGCAGAACCACCUGCGGGUCACCUGCGAGGAGGUCUGCGCAGCCCGGGCCUGCAGCGAGGAGGCCUACCAGAGCAUGGCGAAGCGGUUCAACCAGAUCGACGAGAACGUGCGGGCUCUCGAGGUGGAGCUGGGCGCGGGCACCGGCGAGGGAAAGCGGCAGUUGGGCCAGGUCCAGGGGGAGCUGGCAAAGAUCCACGAGUCGCUCGCACAGGUGGCCGGCGACCUCCAGGAGCACCGGCGGGCCUCCUGCGCCGCGCACCACCGGCUGCUGGCGCAGCUGUCCGGGCUGCAGGGCGCGGGGUGGAGCUCCCCACCGUGUCCCGCGGGCGGCUCGCCGCCGCCCGCGGUCACGUCCUGCACUGUGUCGCCGGCCAGGUCCAUGGAGGCGCCGUCGCAUGGACCCCCGGCGGGCUGGCAGUUGGGCUCGCCGGGCACCCCGAUCGCCUCGCCGCAGACGCCGGGCGCGUACACGGUGGCGCUGCCAGCUCCCGCCGCGGGCUCGAUCGCCGUGCAGUCCACCGCCGAGUCAGGCGUACUGGGAGGGGCCACCUAA